UUGAGAUUUAUUAAUAAUGUACAAAUAUUUCCUUUUAUGAACAUAUGGUUCAGAGACAUGCAUUUUUAUGAGGGGCUUUGGUAAACUUGAGUCGUGUACCUCUGAUGGCAUCACCGAUUGUUUGCUCUUAUGUGCCAUUUCAGUUCAUUUAGUUGCUUGAGUCAUUUGCGCCCCUGACGCACGCGUUUAGAUUCCGUUCUGAACAUCUCAUUGUUUACAGAUCUGGAUUAAGCGCUCGUGCGGUGAUGAUGACUCAUAUUGCACCAUGAUUCACAUCCUCACGCAGUCGCAUGCAUUCAUCCUGUGCUGUUCGCAUCACUGCAGUAUUUCCCCCAGUGAGCGACAAGCAGUGCUGCGCACUCGAUGUCUCCUCGAAGCAAACAGCUCUGUCCAGCUUGCAUAUGUUUAAUUCAAGAAGCAAUUCUUGAUGGGAAUCACAACAUUGACUUGUAUUUAGAUCAGCGUUAGGGACCGUUCGCACAGGACGCAUUCUUGCGUUCAAACAGCGUGGCGGAGACGCGUUUUGAAACUGCUUAAAACUUGAUACGGCGUCUUAAGACGCGUGCUGUAAGCGAGACCGAGACUCAAAAGCGAGAACGCGUUCAAAUGUGUGUCAAGACUCGUUUUGCGUUCAAUACCAAACAGACGGAAAUCACAAAAUUAACUCGAGACGCGUAUUUCGCGCACUAUUUUAACUCGAUUGAAGUAUGGAAAAAAAACAAAAAACAAAACGCGACUCUUUUCAGGCGAGACGAUGAACGUAACAGGGGGACGCGACGCAACGCUACCAAAGCCCGUUAUAGACUCACUAUUAAAAAAACAAACAAAACAGCGCAACGGUGCCCUGCGCAUCGAAACCGAAGUUACGCUACGUUUUGAAAAGCUGAAAUAAUAGCCAGCCAAGACAACGGCGAAACGUCCGUUAUACUGAUGUCAUAGACCAACAAUUAAAAAACAAAGCAGACGGAAAACAAGAACGCGAUCUGUUUAUUGUGAUAAACAACCACGGCAAUUCGUUUUUAUUGUUACUUCUCAAUACUAGCUCAUAAUUCAACCUCGACAGCAACGCCGUUUAUCUCAGCGCAAUGUGUCUUUUAAACAGCGCCGCCCUGUUGACGUUUAAUGCAGUAGGAUAUGGUUAUAGCAGAGCUGUUAUAAAUGUACUCCUGCCCAUCGAGCGUCUAUUUUUACCGAAACCCGAAACCUUGAUGUGAUUUAUCGUUGUUUUUUUCGAUGUAUGUUUUUCUCCUUUCAGCACUGGAUAGCUCCUUCAGUUUUACAAACAUGACGUCAAAUGACUGACAGCAGAAAUGACCAUACACCAAUCAAGGGCACUUUCCUAAACCCUAUAAGGUGAUGAAGAAGACUGGAUGUUAGUAGUGUUGGGAAGUCUGACUCAUUUCCCCGAAUCGGUUCCUUCGAACGGUUCAGUUCAGUGUUGCCGAUUCACAAGCCGAGAACUGGAUAAGCGCUCUGACCGAACGAGUCUGUUUUGCGAAAUGGUUCGUUGAAAAGUAGCGACUCAAUGAACGACUCCUAAGCGAAUAGGACAUCACUAGAUGGUUUCUGCCGUUCUCAGGCUUUAAGACUGGAGUGGACGAAAGAGGGCGGAGUGUGUUUGUCAUCCAAGUCUGAAGUACUGACUCCCUGCCUCCGAAAAAUUGGAUUUUCUCUCUCUCUCUCUCUCUCUCUCUCUCUCCUUCUCUCUCACUCUCAUUCGAUCACGUCUGUUGUGGUCCAGCAUCAUAUUGGGAGGAGAGCGUCGGGGAUCCUGCACAUCUGCUGCGCUCCUGCAAGGAGAUACAAGACCGAAUCAGCAUCACUUACACAAACAACACCAAUGCACCUGAGGGGAAGGGGAUUACCGAUGCAAUAACUGUUUUCUGGCCAGGAAUCAGGUGUCAGAAAUGCGUGAAAAUCCACAGGUGAAAAUGCUGUGCUGAUUUGAUUAAUUCCAGCUGUGAUUUCUCGCAUCAGAUUUGGUGAACUGAAGCUGGUAAGGUAAAAGAGCGGGAUUGAAGGAUAUGGCCAUAAUCCGGAUAUCGUUACUCUUGCAAGUGGGAUUUGUUAUAGGAUCAAAUUAUAGAUAUGUGGAACAUGAUCGGGACCUAAACGCAAAGCUGCCCAUUUAUAAAACGCACAGCAACCAGCAAGCGCACCUCCGGAAGCCCCAUUCGGGUUUAGCGCAGAAAAUUGAGGAACAGGUACCCAGAGUGGUGAGUGCGUUUCUGCACACGGGGGAUUCCUCCACCUUAAAACACGGCAACUGCUCCAGGAGAUAUGAGCUGGCGGUGUCGCGGGGAAGGACGCGCGCAGACGCGCAUCACUCCAUGCGCAGCGUCCUGGACACGGUCCUCCACGCCACAAACUUCCUCAACAUGAUCCUACAAACGAACAGGUCCAGAGAUCACAGCCCCAGACGCGAUAUGGAGUGGUACCACGCUCUAGUCAGGAGUAUCCUGGAGGGAGACAUCAAGAUCCAUCGAGCAGUGGUUACCUUGAGCACCGAGGUCCCUCCUGAAGGGCCACCUGUUUACCUUCAGGCCACACGGGCAGGUGGAGAGAUCAUCCUCCAGGAUUUAUCCAGCACUGCCCACCAUGUAACGAAGAACAGAACGGCUGAUACCGAGUGGUACCACGAGCAUAAAAAUAAAAAGAAGACCCAUCUCCAAAAACGAGUGCUGAGUCAAGAUUUUGCCUCUUUUGACGCGUCCGUGCGCAAUGGAGAAAGUUAUAUUACCGACAAAACUCAAAUUCACUGGUCAGCUCCUUAUUUGGAGUGUAAAGAUGGGAAUUUCAUUCCCAGAUGGCUCAUGACACUGUCUGCUGGUUUCUAUGGCCUUAAACCCAACCGGAAUCCAGACUUCAGGGGUGUUGUUCGAGUGGAUGUCAGCCUGCAGGAUGUGGAUAUUGAUCAGUGCUCUGCAGAUGGCUGGUUUGCAGAUGCCUGGCCACACAGGUGCAACCUCACCACUAUGGAGUGUUUGCCCAUCCCAGGUCAUGGAUUUGUGCUGGACAAGUAUAAAUGUCACUGCAAAAUCGGCUUUUAUCAUUCAAGCAGAGUUGCAGUCAAUGGCUUUAAAAGGAAAGCAACUGGGAAGGUCAAGGAGAGUUUGCCACAUCACAGGGAUGUUCCAGAAAGUUCCAGCUACUGUCUGCCCUGCCAAGCAGGCUGUGCUUUCUGCAAGGACGACGCACCCUGCGUGGCCCGGGGUGAAGGCACCCUGCGCAUGGCGGUGCUCUCUUUCCAGGGCUUGUGCAUGCUGGUGGAUUUCAUCAGUAUGGUGCUGCUCUACCAUUUCCGCAGGAACAAGAGUAUCAGAGCAUCAGGACUCAUUCUGUUAGAGGCCAUCUUGUUUGGAGCGCUCCUACUGUACUUUCCGGUGGUGAUUCUGUACUUCCAGCCGAGUGUUUUCCGCUGUAUCCUACUGCGAUGGGUUCGUCUGCUCGGAUUUGCCACUGUCUAUGGAACGGUCACCCUCAAACUCUACAGGGUUCUUAAGGUGUUCCUGUCACGUACAGCCCAAAGGAUCCCCUACAUGACCAGCUGGAGAGUGUUACGUCUUCUGUGUGUCAUCCUGCUGAUUGUGUUAUGGUUCGCAAUAGCCUGGACCGCCGCCGUUUGUCAGAAUCCAAACAGAAAUCUCGCCCUCAUCAGUGUGGGCUUCACCACUGAUGGGCUACAGUUCAGCAUGUGUCUGUUGGACCGCUGGGACUACAUGAUAGCUGUGGCUGAGUUCCUGUUCCUCCUGUGGGGUGUGUAUCUGUGUUAUGCGGUGAGGACGGUCCCCUCAGCGUUUCAUGAGCCACGCUACAUGGCCAUCGCAGUGCACAAUGAGCUCAUCCUCUCUUCCAUAUUCCACAUUUUAAGGUUCACUCUUGCCCCUGAACUGCAUCCGGACUGGAUGUUGAUGCUAUUCUUUGCUCAUACACACUUGACAGUGACUGUCACUUUGGGGUUACUGCUUGUGCCAAAGUUCUUGUUUGCGGGUACGCAUCUAAGGGAUGACAUUGCUACAGAGGCCUAUGAAGAUGAAUUGGACAUGGGCCGGUCUGGGUCAUACCUGAAUAGCAGCAUAACGUCCGCCUGGAGUGAGCACAGUCUGGACCCAGAGGAUAUUCGGACACCAGAGGAAAUGGGCCAGCUAAGUUCUAUUAAUGGCUGUGGCGUAAGGUCUUGCAACAGUCUUUGGGAAAAACGUACCAACGAAGAGCUGAAGAAACUCUACUCCCAGCUGGAGAUAUAUAAGAGGAAAAAGAUGCUGGCCAACAAUCCUCACCUGCAGAAGAAGCGCAGCUCCAAAAAGGGCCUAGGUCGCUCCCUCAUGCGCCGCAUCACUGAGAUUCCAGAGACAAUGGGCCGCCAGUGUAGCCGUGAGGACAAGGACCUGGGUGAACAUGGAAGUAACCGCAACAGCAUCUGUGUCUUGAGAAAGAACCCUUUCGACCCCUCACACUCUGUUAAGCCUGCCAAAGAUGAAUCCUUGAAGAGCAAAGUUUUCUCCCUUAAAAAGUCCCACAGCAGUUAUGACCAUGUUCGGGACCACAGUGAGGAUUCCAGCAGUUCAGUUACUGACAAGAUGGAAGUCACAAACACAGAAGGCUCCCUUCUCGAAACCCUAAUGGGCAAGAAGCUGGUCAAAAAGUCCUCUGAGAAGAUUGAUGCAGCCAGUGAGUCAACAGAGUCCGUUCCCUUGGUGUGUAAGUCAGCCAGCGCUCACAACCUGACAGCUGAUAAGAAACCUAUUCACCCUAGAACAUCCAUGCUGCAGAAAUCUCUAAGCGUCAUUGCCAGUGCCAAAGAGAAAACUCUUGGUCUAACAGGAAAGGCCCAAGCAGCGGAGGAUCCAACAAAGAAAGCUAAUCAAAAGAACAAGGAUGCCAAGACCCCAGCUGAAGCUGAAGAAAAGGAGGGUUAUCCAAAGAUGAUUGUCAGUCAGUCAGUAGAGUACAAGCAGACAGCUGCCAAAACUGGUAUAAUGAAGCCACAGAUGAGUGGAAGCCAACCCUCAAUUUGCUCAGAAACAGCCAAGGGGAAAGACCUGUAUGACCUCUCAGAAGUGUGCCCUUGGGAAUUGGAGGACUUGCCGACUCCCUCUGAAAACAAGGUCCAGAAGCAUGUGUCUAUUGCCCCAGAGCAGACCACCACAGUCCAUGGAAGUAGCAACAAGGCGACAAAGUCUCAACAGCAAAAGCAGAAAGGCACAGAGCAGUCACCCUCCGUGGCCAGACGUCCAACCCAGAAAGCUGCUGAUAAAGCAGACAUAUGUCCGUGGGAGGAAGGAAAUGAGGACCAUGGUCAGGCAGUGGGGCCAAAACCUCACUCCAGUAGUAAGCCUGCCAUGUCCAAACCCCAGGCAUCUGGAGAGGUUGCCAAGGUUCUUAAAGCUGAGGUCUGUCCAUGGGACUUUGAGGAAGUGUCGAGCAAGCCAAAGGACUCGGAUUGCUCCCCUGAUCAGAGCAGACCCAGAAAGGACACCACACCCACUGAGAUCAAAGGGAAAGUAAGCUCCUCGCCUACUGAAGUCAAGGGCAAGGGUACAACUCCCACAGAGGGCAAAGCAAAGAGCGUUUUCUCCGAGCCUACUAAAUCCACAGGCAGCACACUACAGCCGCCCUUUAAAGUAGAAGUGUGUCCAUGGGACUUUGAGACUGCGUCAGGUCCCAUCUCUGAAAAACACCCUUGUUCUUCUCAGGUUUCUAAAACAAAGGAGACCCAUGCUAUAAAGAAGGGAACUUCUCCUGUCAGAAUAUCAGAGAUGGAAAGAGAGAACACAAAGGGUCCCGAUGAAGACAAAAUGAAAUCAAACGCAAAAGACAAGUUAACCUCUGGAAAAACAAAAGAAAGACCUAUCAGCCAGUCUAAACUGGCUGAGGUUUGUCCAUGGGACUCUGAUAGUAGUCAAGAAAUUGUCUCAAUGGAAAAACAAAAAAGCCCAAAUGUUGCAUUUGCAAAAAGCAAGAAAGCAGAUGUAUGCCCUUGGGAUUUUGAAGAUGCGGCAACUAGUAAAGAAGUCAGCCGGAGCACCGGUUCAUCCACUGGCAAACAGAAAAGUUCUAAUUCCAAAGGCAGAGUUACUAGUGAUGUUAAAAUGUCAGAUGUCUGCCCUUGGGACUUUGAUGACCAAGGACCAACAAAAAAAGCAUGACACUUUACCUGAGUGAACCAUUAGUUAGUCCUCAUUAUAUGUGCUUUUUCUUUCAUAAAUACACCAUGGAAUAUAAACUUUAAUAGAAUUGAUGGUGAUUUGGAGAAGAAAAUCAACAUGUCGCACAAGCUGCCUUUCUCUUCAACCUUUUGUUUUCCCUUUGUGUUUUUUGGAAUAAAAGGAAAAAAAACCUGAAAAAACAAAACAAAAAAAACAAAACAAAAAAACACACACAAAAAAAAAUGCAACAA